UGUGAAAAAAACACAAAUUUUGGCCGAACAAUCAGCAAUCAAUCGUGGAUCGGGAUUUCUACCGUGCUCGGCCGGAGAAGUGGAAGUUUUUACCGACAAGUUCAUUGAAACGCGUAUACUAUACUUCAGUAACAGUUGCGUCAGAAUAUCACUCGGUCUCAAAUCAGCUAAGUAAGGCGGACAGUACAACUCAUGGAUCGUAUGGCGGAACCCGCGGUUUUAGAAAAUCAAGUUUUCGAAAACGAAACGAAAUGUUUGUGGGUAUUCGCGUACGGGUCCCUGUGUUGGAAACCUGGAUUCUCAUUUAGCAAGGCAGUUCCAGGAUGUGUCAGUGGAUACCAAAGGAGAUUUUGGCAGGGAAACACGACCCAUCGAGGAACCGAAGAACAGCCAGGCAGAGUCGCUACAUUAGUUGAAGACAGUGAAGGUCAAGUAUACGGAGUUGCAUUUUCAGUCCAUGGUGAAACAGCCCUGUCAUACCUAUCUCAGCGAGAAUGUGAACAAGGAGGGUACAUUUCAAAGUUCACAGAUUUCCACCCAAGCGAUGGUGCCCCUUUUACGGUACUAUUGUACGUCGCUACACCACUGAAUCCUUUAUGGCUUGGAGAUGCCGAUACGGAGGAAAUAGCCCAUCAAAUAAUUAACUGCCGAGGACCAAGCGGGCACAACGUAGAAUAUCUAAUUCGGUUGGCGAAUUUUAUGAGGAAUUUUUUUCCUGAUAAGCAUGACCCGCAUCUAUACAAUUUAGAAGAAAAAGUAUUAAAUCUAGUUGAAAUGAGAAAGUUAUGUCUGAAAACGCUUAUGGGAUCUGGAGAGGGAUGCAUCACCUUUAUCAGGAAGUCCAAUUCGAGGGAAUCCAGCCCUGAUGACGAAAGACGGCGAGACGAGAACCGGGUCGAAACGUUCGAACACACUGCUAGAGUUCCGGGGAAAAAACUGCGCUGUCUCAAUAUCUAAGAGUAUUUUACUAUUUAUUACGUUAUUAACUGAACCAUUGUGAUAAAACUAUUUUAUAUAUUAUAAAUAUGAGUUAUAUUAACUAAUUUUUAAGUUAUUCCGACGAUAUUUUUUAUAAGUUCCUUGAAAUAAAAUUAUGGCAAAUU